AUGAAAGAUUCUCUGUGUCUUGUGCCAGGUCUUACCAAACGGGAACUUGGUCUUUCCUCCUUUCCGCGCCGAGGAUUAUCGUCAAGAAGUUCACGCUCAGGUUUACAGCUGUCUGGCACGUUCCCCGGCAGGUUCAGUUCACAGCCGAGAUGUCAACGUGAGAGCCGGUAAGUGUUCAUCUCUUUCCAUGUGAAAAUCACGCGGAAACUCGCGCCCGUUGCCUGGCCAUCUUUUAUCAAAUAUUUUCAACAAGACAGAACGCAGUGAACGAAUUUCCAUAAGAUGGAUCACGAAAUGAAGUUUAGGCGUCUUGCUGUUGUCAGAUUGUAAGGAAACAGGUCUCAAGAUCAGUGUUACUAUAAUUGAACUGCGGAUUUUUAUGCGUUUACGGGAAAUUUAAUCCCAGAACUCUCCAACGACAAGCUAUCAUAUAAAUUUCUAAAUCAUUUCUAAUUCGUUCAUUUUUUUCUUAUGCACAGUAUUCCUCAAGUGGGGACUCGAACAUGUUUGCGACAGUAAAUAAAGUUUUCGGAAUUUUUAAUUAAUCAAAUUUGAAAAGCAGAUUUAGUUUGUCAAUUUGCGGAGCUUCUUACUUAGGAGUUCUAUGGUUGAAGAUGCAAAGAUUUACACACAAUAGAAUAUGAAAAAAUAUAUGCAAUAUUCAAAAUAGAGGAUUUAUUAUAAUAUCUCGUAAAUGAGACAAAUUUUUCUCUAAUCCUUUCGUUACUGUAUUAGGAAUUAAAAUUUUCCUUUAUCCUUUUCUUUUUACCAAGACUAGUUAAUUUACAUUUUUUUUAAUAGUUAUUUUACCCAAAAUUGUCCCAAGGAUAUGAGAUCUCUUCAUUCAAGUAGUAUUUUUGUGAAACAAUAA